CUUCUAUAUAUCUCUUGAGAGAGAAAACAAGUUUCUACCAUCACCAAACAUGCCUCUAAGCUCAUGUUUCUUCAUCUUUCUUACAUGCUUCAUAGUGCAUGCAUGUGAUUCUCAUCAACUCCUCGGACUCUCUACCUCAGAUUUUCAGAACAAGUUUUCUCCGGACAAGUUAAAGCAGAGUGAGGAGAGGCUCAAAGUCAGCAUGAAUCUCGGUCAAAAUCCAAUUGGUAACAGGAUGCCUACUGUUGGUUCAGAAAGAAAGGAAGAAAAAGAUGAGGGACUAAAUUGCAAGAAAAACAAAGGUAAUAGAGUAGGAGAGGUUUUGCAUUUCAGCGAAGGAGACUUAAUAGAGACAGAUUAUCAGCCACCCCAUCGAAGAUCUCCUAUUCAUAACAAAUGAAUUUGUCGAAUUUUAGGUAAUUACAUUUUAGUCCCUAUUUUAUUUUAGGGUAAAAAAAUAUUUUAUUAUCUGAACUCUGGCCGAUUUUUGUACUUUGUAAUCUAUUUUUUU